AUGGGACGUUACGCUCGUAGAAAAUAUAAGACAAAGAGAAGAAAGAGAGAAGUGGAUCAGAUAUUCGAAGAUCUUUCCUCACCUGAAUCGAUUCAAAAAUUAAAGCAUCAGGCAUGUGAUGAAGAUAAGCCUGGUCUUGGGCAAUAUUACUGCGUUCAUUGUGCUAAAUAUUUCCAAGACAACGGAGCAUUGGCACAACAUUUAAAGACAAAAGUCCACAAGCGAAGAGUGAAGUUAUUAAAGGUAAAUCCUUUCACAACGUUAGAAGCCGAGGCUGCAGCCGGGUUUAAUUUAGAGGAAUUCACGCAGAAAGUGGCAAAUUAUCAUACAUCAGAGCCUCUUAGAAAGCAGAUGGAAACCCAGAUAUUAAGUAAUCAACUUGAAGAGAAUGAGCAAAAGGAUAGAGAAAGGUUUGCUCAAUUAUUUCCCGACAAAGCUAAGGAGGAGGAAGAGCAAGAGACACAGAAGAGAAUGGCCAAAGGAGUGGAAGCAAUGGCCACCGAUUAG